CCCCCACCCCAUCCCACCCCACCCCUCCUUCAUCAAGACUUCAUUACCACUAAUUUGUUAAUCAUUUGUACUUUUGGUCAAGCUAAGCAACGAACAUAUAAAUAAAUACAACCAGAUAAUCCAUCCAUCAUAUUUUCAUCCCCAAUUUCAAAAUUAGGGUUUCGAUCGGACCCCCAAUUUCUCCCCACCAUGGGCUGCACAGCUUCUCGCUCCGCCAAUUUCAUCACCCACCGACAGGAUUCCGCCUCCAAUUCGCCGCCGUCUCCCCGUCCCACGUUGUCGGAUCCUUCCUCGCCGCCGGUCGCCAGAGCGCAGUCCCUCCCGACCCCUCUGGUGCACCACCCCCCCCUGAAGAAAGGCGACUCCAAUCACUUCGUCGCCCUCACUUCCACCACCUACGGCUCCAUCGUGAUCGUCGAUUCUCCAAACCCUAGGUCCAGCGGCCACGAUUUGCCGAUCCCGUCGGCCGCCAUUGGAACCGGAAAGCCCCACAAUUUCGAAGAUCCCUUAUCCCCUGAUUCAGUCAUCAACACUUGGGAACUCAUGGAAGGCCUCAACGACGAAGACGACGACGAAUUUAAUUACCACAUUGUAGAUUCUCCAGCUCCAAUUAUGGAGUCCUAUGAUAUCGUGGAUCACCCUGUCGUAAAAUCCCUCUGGAAGCAUUUAUCCGACGAGUCCAUUGCCGGUCCGGCGACAUUCUCCGAUCAUCUAAACACCCAUCCCCGAGGCUUCCGGAAGCUCGAAGAAAUGCCGGCCGAAUCAAUCAAUCCGGCCGGCGCCGAGGAUCGAAUCAUCCUCUAUUACACUAGCUUGAGGGGAAUAAGGAAGACAUACGAGGAAUGCUGUGCCGUGCGCGCGAUCUUCAGGGGAUUUCGAGUGAUCGUCGACGAGAGGGACAUUUCGAUGGAUCGAUCGUACCGGAUCGAAUUGCAAGAAGCGUUGAAAGGGCGAGUAUUCGGUCUGCCGCGAGCGUUUAUCAACGGGAAGUGCGUCGGCGGGGCUGAGGAGAUCAAGGAGAUGAACGAAUCCGGUGAAUUGGCGAGGUUGUUGGAAGCAUUUCCGACGAUCGAUUUAGGGUGCGUGUGCGAGAAUUGCGGGGAUGCGAGGUUUGUGCCGUGCUCAAAUUGCAAUGGGAGUCGAAAGAUUUACCGGGAGACGGAAGUGGCGGCGAGGGAAUGCCCGGAGUGUAAUGAGAACGGGUUGGUCCGAUGCUCCGGUUGCGGGCAUUGAUUUAGGUUCGUUCGAUGUAUCCGUCGUCGGUUCGACUUUGAAGUGUUUAUUUAUAUAUGUGUAUAUAUACGGGUGGUUAUUGUUCGGCUCGACUCGGCUCGGGUGUUUAUUGAGGAAUUUGUGAAUGUUUCUUGAAUAAUAAGGUUGAAGUUUA